UCUUGGCCCCGUUGUGACGUCGACGGCCUGCGCCAAAGGGAAAUGCCCAUCAACUGCCACUGGUGAUACCGUCACUUACGCGCGCCCCGUGAGGGGAGGAAACGUCACAAGUGCGCGUCAAUUUCGUGGUUUUCUUCGGAGAGGACGCUUGUCUGGUAACUGCAAAGAGUACAUCAUGGCUGGGCCACUGAGAUGGCUCCAGCAGUUGCCCCCCCUUCUUCGUUACUCUUCCUUGGGAAUUGUGAGGUCAUCACUGCAAGCUCCUCAGAAUGUGUGGAGUCCUGUGUUGAAUGACUGCAGCCAAAGCAGGGCCUGGCAGAUGCUGCAGGCCAGACAUCUUGCUGCUAAAAAAGCCAAAGUGAAAGGGAAAGGCCAGGCUCGAGUGAACAUCAAUGCUGCUUUAGUGGAGGACAUCAUCAACUUAGAAGAAGUCAACGAGGAAAUGCAAGCAGUGGUUGAAGCUCUGAAGGAUGAUUUUGGGAAAAAUGUGAAUAUAAGAACCUCUCCAGGGGCUCUCGAUCACAUCGUUGUCCCAACUGAAGAUGGGAAAUUUCCUUUAAACCAACUUGGCCAGGUGUCCCUGAAGUCUCCCCAGCUCAUCCUUGUCAACAUGAGCAGCUUCCCAGAAAGCACAGCUGCAGCUAUCAAGGCCAUCCGAGAAAGUGGAAUGGACCUGAACCCGGAAGCGGACGGGCCGAUAAUUCGGGUGCCCACUCCUAAAGUCACUAGAGAACACAGGGAGAAGUUGACCACACUUGCCAAACAGCUCACAAACAAGGCCAAGGAGUCCCUGCGGAGAGUCCGAGUCAAGGCAGUCAACCAGACCAAGAAGGCCAAAAGCACCGUGUCAGAGGACACCAUCAGGUUGAUUGAGAAACAGAUCCAGCAAAUGACGGACGACACAUCAGCUGAGAUGGACAACCUGCUGGCAGCAAAGACCAAGGAAUUGCUCGGGUAGCCUGUGCCAGGAGAGUGGGCGAUUGGGAGCCAUAGACUUCUUCCUCCGCUGGUGGAUUGUCGCAGCCACUCAAGUGUGUUUUUGAGACCCAAGCAGCCAACUUGCGCAUCCAUCCGAACUGAGUGAAACACCAGGCAUCAAGGCUUGACACUGGGGGAUCUUCUGUCUCCUCCCCGCUUUGGCAUUUGACAGCAACUCUCAGUGGCUUAUAUCUUGUUCAAAACAGGACACUAAUCUUGGCCACUGCCUGCGGUUCCAGGAUUUGCUGUGAACUGGUGACAAGGAUCUUUUUUUCACCAUGUCACCGGUGGAGUUCCAGAUAUGUGGAAAUGUUUAGUCUUGCCUAAUAGAGGCUCAGACUGACAGUGCUUGUAGUAGACAGUGAGGCUACCUCAGCUGUUGGUCCCUCCUGGAGUCAAUGCCAGAUCUCUUCUGCCUGGCUUGCAAGUUCGCCAGUACUAGGGCAAGGAGGAAGCAAAGCUCGCUGGCUGCUAUAUGGACCUGCCAAGAAUCUCGUAUGUGAAAUAAAAUCUGGUGAGGGUUUUGAAGCCUCAGGAUGCCUCUGAAUCCUUUGGGAGAUGUUGCACCCAGGGAAAGGAGUCCAUGGGUUGGGGAGUCAGUGGGACCCCACUGAACUCGUCUUGUGACCGUAAGAGCAAACUCUCUGUCUUGGCUGGCCAUAUUUCCUAUAAUCCUGUGGUCCAACAGGCUCUGCUGCCAUUUUUCAUUAGAAAUAAAGUGCAAGAGAAUGUGAA